GCAUCCCCAUCCCGCAUCCCCCUCCCGCGCCAGGCACGGCGGGGGCGAUGGGCAAGCCCGGCCAGAAGGACUCGAGCCUCCGGCAGCGCCCGGCGGGGCUCGCUCCCCACGGGAGCGCUUUGCUCUGUCGCGUUUGAGAAAGGGGAAGGGGAAAAGCAUGACACGGAUUCUCCCGGGGAAGCGGAGGAAAAUGUACAUCCCGACGACAUGUAAGUACCCGGCGGCUCUGGCCGCUCUUCCCGGAUGUCUCCCGCGGGCAUGAGUCCACGCAGAAGUUAAGUCUGCAGUUCCAGAGAAGAAAACCUGCCGACCACCCCUCGCUCUCGACCCUCCAACUCUGCCAGUCCAGCCUGGUCCUUACGGGAGAGCUCAGCCCCGAGCUCCAGAUUGCUAACUGAUCCUGCAAGGACACUGCCCCCUGCCCUCUUCCCUGCCUCUGCUAUGGACACUUCUGCUUUUAGCCUCCCCACACCGGCAGUGUUGGAGGAGGGGAAUGCCUCCAAUAGCUGGGCAGGCUUCACUACCCCCAACAGCUCCUCCACUGUCAGCCCUGGUGUAGUUGUCAGCGGUGUCCUCAUCCCCGUGGUCUACCUCAUUGUCUGUGUGGUGGGGCUGGCUGGGAAUUCCCUGGUCAUUUAUGUAGUCCUACGGCACUCCGUGAGCGAGUCGGUGACCAACGUGUACAUCUUGAACCUGGCCCUAGCUGAUGAGCUCUUCAUGCUGGGCCUGCCCUUCCUGGCUGCACAAAAUGCCCUGUCCUACUGGCCGUUUGGUUCUUUCAUGUGCCGCCUGGUGAUGGCCGUGGAUGCCAUCAACCAGUUCACCAGCAUCUUCUGCCUGACGGUGAUGAGCGUUGACCGCUACCUGGCUGUGGUCCACCCCGGCAAGUCCUCCAAAUGGAGGACAGCACGGGUGGCCAAGGCCGUGAGUGUAACCGUGUGGGUGCUGUCUUCCAUAGUGGUGCUGCCUGUGGUUGUCUUCUCAGAUGUCCCUUUAGGGAUGAGUACAUGCCACAUCCAGUGGCCAGAGCCUGCCUCAGUGUGGAGAGCUGGCUUUAUCGUCUACACUGCCACCCUGGGCUUCUUUGGACCACUGCUGGUGAUUUGUCUCUGCUAUCUCCUGAUUGUAGUGAAGGUUCGCUCCUCUGGCAGGCGGGUGAGGGCUCUGUCCUCCAAGCACAAGCUUUCAGAGCGCAGAGUGACCCGCAUGGUGGUGACUGUGGUGGCUGUCUUCGUCCUUUGCUGGCUUCCCUUCUACGUCCUCAACAUAAUCAAUGUUGUGUGCCCACUGCCAGAGGAGCCAUCCCUCUUUGGAGUCUACUUUCUUGUGGUGGUGCUGCCGUAUGCCAACAGCUGCGCCAAUCCCAUCAUCUAUGGCUUCCUCUCCUACCGCUUCAAGCAGGGCUUCCGCAGGGCCAUCUUCAGGCCAUCCCGCCGAGUCCAGAGCCAGGAGGUGCCAGCAUGCCCCCCAGAGAAGAUUGAUGAUGAAAGGGAAGAGGGUGAGAUCAGCAAGAUCACCAGGAACGGAAACGACAGGCAGGAGCGCCCUCUAAGCAGUGGAGAAGGAAAAAGCAAUGAGCAAAAACCACUCCCCGAGGAGCCUGCGGGAUGCGAAAAGAGCAGCAAGUUGCAUGUCAGUUAUUUAUGAUGAAAGGGGUGGUGCAGGGGAAAGAGACAUCAGGACAUGGGAUCCCCUUCACCUGCUCUGCUUUCAAAGGCAAUGGGAGAUGAUGCAAAGGAAUAAUAAAGUCCAAGAGUAGGCUUAAAGAUGAAUAGGGCUCCAUGAUCUUGUGGAAAAAGCAAGGCAUUGUUCUUGGCUUUGGAAGAGACACCUGAGGUUUGUGUGGUACCAGUGUUACCAGAAAUUGGUAAAAAAUAAAACCUCCCUAACACUAA